GUAUUUACCGCCUAAUUUUAAAUUUAAACUAUUUUGAAGUUUCGUUUUAUGUUUUUGGACUAAGUAGACGUUUGUGUAGUUCAAUAUUAAUUUUGUUUACAUUGCAGUGAAAGCUGAAAGAAAAAAAAACACACUCACACAAACAGUCGUAUCUUUUUAUAACAUUUUAUAAUUAAUUUAAUCUGUGCAGUGUUUUGGGAAGUAUUACUUGUUUUUAGGUUAUGUGCGUUUUUACUGUUUUGUAGGUUAGUGUAUGACAAGAAAACUCGUGUUAGAUUUUUAAACGGAACACAUUUUUCACUUAAACCUAAGGGACCAGUGAUAUAAUAUAUAUUGGUUUCGAUAGUUGGCCUAAGCAUAAUGUGGGGAAUGGUAAAUUUAUUUGUAAAGCAAUUUCGCAGACCAUUUGAAAGGAGGGUUCUGUCAUUUUUCAAGUCGAUUGACAUUUCGCCAGAGGUAUCAUUAGCUCUUCAGAACUAUUGUCCAGUGCUUGCAUUGGAGUCAACAAUUAUAACCCAUGGAAUGCCAUAUCCAGAUAAUUUGAAGAUGGCUUUGAAUGUGGAGAAAUUAGUCAGAGAACAAGGCGCUGUCCCAGCCACUGUCGCUAUACUGGGUGGCAGGAUCAAGGUGGGGCUCAACGAGUCCAUGAUGGCAGAGUUGGCCACAAUGACGGUACCGGCAGUCAAAACCUCCAGGAGGGACUUCCCGUACGUGCUCAGCAAGGGCCUGAAUGGUGGUACUACUGUUUCAGGAACAAUCCUUGUGGCCAACAUGGUUGGGAUUCAUGUGUUUGCUACAGGUGGUGUGGGCGGGGUGCACCGAGGGGCAGAAAACAGCAUGGACGUGAGUGCUGACCUCACCGAACUGGGUCGCAACCCCGUCACAGUGGUGUCGAGUGGGGUCAAGUCUAUCCUAGACAUCGGCAAGACGCUCGAGUACUUGGAAACGCAAGGCGUGUGCGUGGCGACGCUGGGGCCCACGAGGGACUUCCCGGCGUUCUACGCCCCGCGCAGCUCGCACCAGUCCCCCUACCACGUCUCUAGCGUUCCCGAGGCGGCGGCGCUCGCCAACAGCCUGCUGGGGCUGGGCGUGUCCUCGGGCCUCUUGCUGGCCGUGCCGGUGCCGGACCACUGCGCCAUGGCAGGUGAGGAGAUAGAGGCAGUCAUCCAAGAGGCUCUGUCGCAGGCAGACAGGGACGGCGUCACGGGGAAGGAGGUCACUCCGUACCUUCUGAGUGCAGUCUCGGCACUGACCUCCGGCAGGUCGUUACAGUCCAACAUUGCACUUAUGUUGAAUAAUGCCACAGUGGGUGCCCAAGUUGCUGUUGAACUGCACAAACUUUUAAAUAGCACUACAGAUGCACAAGCAGAUACCAACAAGAACUUUGGAACAUCACGUGAUCCGUGCCCCACAUCUGAUCGACUGGUGGUUCUUGGUGGUUCUGUCCUGGACUUCACGAUCAGCGUCAGUGAGGACGUCUUUCAGGUGAGUGACGUGCGCCGACUCAAUUGUUUUUUUUGGGGGGGGGGGGGGAGAGAGAGAGAGAGAGAUAUCGCUGUGGCUGCUGAGAAGCGGCGGAGAGAAGGACGCAGCGGGGCAACCCUCUCCGGAACGUAUCGGCUCGCGGAGAGCGAAGAAUGUGUUGUGAUUUUCAUCGUGUGACCUGUCCAGAAUUGGACGAGUACUCGCAAGCAGCACCGGGGGUGCAUGUUUCCCCGACUGUCACUUGCAAACAGGGGCGGCCAUUGGCCCUGAGCUACGUACUUUUAUGGAGGCCCUGCCCCUAGGCCCCGAUGUCAGGCGGCUAGGCACUCUGGGCAGAUAAUCGUUUGCCGCUCUCAUCCUUUCCUAUUUCCCCAUAUCAUAAAAUUCUACUAACUCAAGCUUAUUUAUUAUAAUUUUAAAAACAGCACAUUAUGCAACUAAAUACUAAGGUUCUUGUAAUACAUAGACGGUUUUGUCUUUUUUCUUAUUUACAUGUAAUAAAUUAUUGUUGCAGUUUUAUACAACUCUUAUAAAUACCGUAAUAAAAACACGAGAUAUAGUAUACUGUAUAUUGCUGAACGAAUUUUAGAUCUAUUUCUAAAGUUUUUAGUUUAAGGCCUAAUAUUUUGAAGCGCACUGCAAUAGUUAGUAUAAACUAAAAUUUUCCCGUGACAUGUAUUUUUGAAAAUCAAAUCAUUACCUUACGUAAAAAAUGUAUUUUCACGUACCUAAAAUUUUUUUGUACUCAUACUUAUUUUUUUCGCAUCUAAAAUUCUCCCACCCCUGACGCUCUGGACGAAUGCCCGGUUGGCCCGUUUGUAAAUCGUGACCUGUCCUCCCCUGGAAAAUUUAAACUUACAAACUAAAUUUCAAGCCAACUUAGAACAUUACUUUCAAAGAUGGUGUUGCUAAUUUAUCUUAAGAAAUUUUAAGAUUCUUUCUGAUAAAUUAUCCUCGUCAGUUUUAUAAAUGCUUACGAUAAAAUUCAGGUGGAAUCGCGAAAUUAUUGCUGGCAAAAAAAGUUUAAAAGUUUUUAUAAUAUUAAAUCACAAAUUUAAAUUGAUAUUGACCAGUAAUUUAAUUUACAUGGUAAUAAAAUUUUGAUUUUACUUUUUUCAUUAAUGUCCAUAUUUUUGACAGAGCAAACUAGAAACUAGAAACUAGAGACUAGAAGUAAAACAAAAGUGAGCGAGGAGAUUUUCUUGUCUGCAGCCGCCCCUGCUUGUAAAGCAUCACAUG